AUGCCGGAGAAAGGAGCGAUUCUGUCUCCGGUACCUACCCAAUUGAUGAUUUUACGGCCAAGUCCUCUGCUUCAAUGGCGGCUUGGUGCUCUUACAGCACUUGUCUUCUUCCUCGUGUUGGUCGUAUGGAGCAUUGACGGUUGUUCAAUCCAAAGCUUCGUCGAGCCAUGGAGAAUCAAUGCAUACUCUUCCCUUCGAGUCAAUCCUUCUCCUGCUCCUUCGCCCAUUCCGUCACCGAAACCCCACCGACAAAAUCUCACUCUGAACACAACCACGGAGACGGGUUUAAGAAAUCUGGAUCCGAAUAAGACGAAUCUCACUUUAAACCCGACCCGGAUCCAACCCGGGUGGAUUACCGCCGAGUUGGAGAAGAAUUUCACGGCGAAUUUGAUGAGAAAUUGGUUGGCUCCAGGAGGAGCACCGUGCAGGGAAGCGAAAACCGUCGAGAUUUCUGUUCCUCGUGUCGACGGGAUUGAUUCGUUGUUAGAGUUAACCGCCGGAGAGAUCCACGAGUUUCAGUUCCAAGCGUUGGACGAAUCUCGGAAACCGGUUUGCAUUGGUGGGGACUAUUUCGAGACUGAUUUAUCCGGCGAGAAUUGGAAAUCUAGACCGCCGGUCAAAGAUUUCGGCAACGGAACUUACUCAAUGUCGUUACAGGUUCAUCCUGAGUUCGCCGGAGAAUUCAAUCUCACCGUCAUUUUGCUCUUCCGACAUUACCAAGGUCUUAAGUUCAGCACCGCGCGUUUAGGCUUCGACCGGAAGCUUCGAAACGUCCGGUUACGUUUCGUGAAGAAGAAUGACGUCACUCUGCCGGAGCUUCGGUCAUGUAAAAGAUCCGAUUUCAACAGAGAUGUCUGGUCCGGACGAUGGACCAGGCUCGGGAAGAACGAUGAAUGCGAGAUCAGCAAUGAUGGGCGUUACCAUUGCCUCGCCGCGGAUUUCCCGUGCCGGAAACCGUGGUGCGAUGGAGCGGUUGGAGCCAUUGAGAGCAAUGGUUGGGUAUACUCCAGUCAUUGUUCUUUCAAGCUGUUCUCUGGUGAUACGGCUUGGGAUUGCUUGAAAAACAAGUGGAUUUUCUUCUGGGGAGAUUCGAAUCACGUCGAUUCGAUCAGAAACUUGCUGAAUUUCGUCUUGGGUCAUCCGGAAAUCCCUGCUGUCCCGAGGAGGUUCGAUAUGAAGUUUUCUAAUCCGAAGAAUCCGUCGGAAACAGUUAGGAUCACCAGUAUCUUCAACGGUCAUUGGAACGAGACACAGAACUAUCAAGGCCUCGAUUCGCUUAAAGACCGCGACUUUAGAGAAUUGCUCAAGAAAUACUUCUCGGAAGACCGCGUUCCCGAUGCUAUGGUCGUGAACUCGGGUCUACACGACGGGAUUCACUGGACCAAUCUUAGAGCCUUUGUGAAAGGCGCGGAAACCGCAGCUACGUUUUGGAGACAAGUUUUCGACGGGGUCAAAAACAGGGGAUUGCAACCGCCUGAAGUCAUUUUCAGGAACACAAUCGCUACGGGCGGUUACGCUAGGACGCUAGCGUUCAACCCGAGCAAAAUGGAAGCGUUUAACGGCGUGUUCCUUGAGAAAAUGAGGAAUGCAGGAUUGGUCACAAGCGUGGUGGAUAAUUUUGAUAUGACGUAUCCAUGGCAUUACGAUAACCGAUGCAACGACGGGGUUCAUUACGGAAGAGCUCCAGCGAAAAUGCGGUGGAGGGACGGUGAGAUCGGACAUCAGUACUUCGUGGAUUUGAUGCUCGGUCACGUGUUGCUAAAUGCAUUGUGUGUGAGAUAG